GUGUUGACGUGAUUAUUCUGAGACGCAGCUUGCAACCAAGCUCAUCUGGCUGCACGCAGCUCUCCAAAGAUUUUUUCCCCUUGUUUGCAAAUGGAGAAAAUUCCAAGUUUGCAUUUUAAUGUGAAGCCAUAUAAGUGGGAUUUGAUAGAGAAAAAGCUGUUGUUAUGUCGACUGGAAGGGCUUAGUCGGUGGACGUGGAUGCGCUGCAGCAGCGCAUGUGUGGGUUAAAUAAGACGAGUGGGCUCCAGCCUGCAAUUUUUCUUUGGAUGUAUCCUAAGAAGGUUUUCUUCUCUGGCCUUAAUUAUUUGUUACAAAGGUCGCUCUCAGAAAAACAGUGGAACGCCGGCGAAAGGAAGACGGUUGUGAGUGAGCGGCUAUCGGAUAUCACCAAACUCUGGUGGACGGAUGGAGAGAAGUUAACUCUCUUUGUUUGCAUGUAGUUCAACUGGUAAAUGAGCUGUCAGUGCCUUCUUACUCCAGUGCUAAGACAAUUUUCUAGCUGCAUCUUGGUUAUGGGGAUGCGGGCCACCUUACUCUUCCCUAGAUGACACUGUUGCUAUAGUGAUUGAGAUGCUUAUGCUGUUGCUCUGCUAAGGCAUCAUCUUCUUCAUUGCUCGGGAGGAAUGGCAACUGAUUUGGCAUUCGACCUCACUUUUUACGAGAGGCGUCGGGAACACAGGUCACCUUCUUUGCCAGUGAUACGUAGUGACCUGACAGUAGAAGCAUGCCUUAUGCGAAAGUACUCACGGGGUUCGCUGGAGAGCACCCGGCGUAUGCUGCAGAUGGCAGAAGAGAGCAAGGAAGCGGGUAUCAAGACAUUGGUUCUCCUGGAUGAACAAGGAGAGCAACUUGAUCGGAUUGAAGAGGGUAUGGACCAGAUCAAUACAGACAUGAGAGAAGCUGAGAAGAAUCUCACUGGAUUAGAGAAAUGCUGUGGAAUCUGCGUCUGCCCCUGGAAAAAAUUGGGUAACUUUGAGAAGGGUGAUGACUACAAGAAAACAUGGAAAGGAAAUGACGAUGGCAAGGUCAACUCUCACCAGCCAAUGAGAGUGGAGGAUGAUCGUGACGGUAUGGCAGGCAACCAAACCAUGAUUACAAGAAUAACAAACGAUGCUCGCGAGGAUGAGAUGGACGAGAACUUGACCCAGGUGAGCGGCAUUGUGGGUAAUCUACGUCACAUGGCCAUCGACAUGCAGAGUGAGAUCGGAGCCCAGAAUCAACAGGUGGAACGCAUCACCAGUAAGGCACGCCUAAAUGACACCCGCAUUGAUAUGGCGAACAAGCGUGCUACCACAAUUCUGCAGAAGAAUUGAAAACAUGACCACUAUGCACUGUCACAUGACUUGAUCGAUCAUUGUCACCUGUUCUCUCAUACAUACACGUAUAUCUUGUAUGUACCAGUCACAUGUGCAGUGGUUUGUUACCCUUUAUGACAUGAACAUUCAUAAUCAUUCAUUCAUUGUCACUCAUACUUUGAACAUAUUCAGAUAAGUGCUAUGAUAGGUCAGAUAUAUUCUAUGAUCAUUUGUUUUAUGAUUAAAAAUAAAAUGUAAAGUUAGGCAAGGAAUAAUGACAAAACUUUUUUUAUCAACUGAAAAUGGGCAUGAAUUACCAGCUGCAUUCACUUUGCAAUGUGCAAUAUUCAAGAUAUAGUAUGUACACAACAAUUGAUUUCCAUUCCUCUGGUGAAUAAUAUUACGUUGAUAUUAAGAAAACCCCAGGCUGAAAUAUGUUUGUAAGCUAAAGAAAAGUAGAAAAAAAAAACAGUUAACUUUUUUUUUAAAUUUAAAACAGUUUUACAGUUAAGCUUGUAAUUAUGUUUUCCUGUCAAAUUGUUGAUUUUUUUAAAAUGAGAAGUGGAAUAUGGAUUAAAAAAAAUCAGGGUAUUGUACAACUAGGGUUUGAUUGUCUUCAUUCUUUUUAGAAUCCGUAUUUGGGGCAAAAAAAUGAAAAUGAGAAAUGCUGUCAUUCUUUUUGUUUGCUCAGUGUGUAUCUUCUGAAUGUAAUUUCCUGCAUUGGUGCAGCAAAAAUGCAAUAUUUAUGGAAAAUUCCAGCUGAGAGUUUAACAGUGUAGAAUAGGCUAUUAUAUUUAUGAAUUUGAAGAGUAGGAUUUUGAGGCUGAGCUUUAGUAUUAAUUGCUAUUAUCCUUGUGUAGUUAGCUCAGGAAAGAUAGAGAUAUUUUAUUGAUUAAUUUGCCUAGAAGUAUAUAUGUAUGAUAUAAUCCUGAACUAUCUGUUUGUAAAUAGUUAUAUGUAAUUGUGUAUUCUAUAUCAAUAACUAUAUUAUAUGCAUAUAAUAUACAAUGUGUGUUUGCUUUAUAUUCAUAGCAUCGAGAGAUAUAUAUUCUAUAUUAUGAAGUCAUGUGCCAAUUUCAUUUGGUAGAGGUCUAUUCAAAGUGCUAGGACUUGUGUGUCACAUACUAAGUGAAAAAAUGUUUUUAAAACGUUUUAUUUUGAAGUAUGUGUCUUAACUGAAUUCUUGCAGGAGAAAGUUAUUUCUGAAGUUUUAAUUAGGAUUUGGGGCCCUUUCAUAAUUAAAUAUUGAAUAGCUUAAAAUCAUAUUUAUGAUUUGAUUCUUAGUACAAUAUGAAUCAAGUUAGAUUUAUUUCCACAACUUUUACCAAAAAAACAACAAAUAAAAAUACAGUGCCUGAAGGGCUUGACUUUUGCUUUCAAAUUGUAGUGUAGGUUUUAAAGUAGCUAUUUGAAAAUCUUUUAAAAGAUAUGAGUAUUUCUACUUUAUUUCUGAAUUUUUGUUGUUGUUUUAACGUUUGGACUCUUAAAUGAGUUUUUUGUGAGAAAAAAAUGUUUAUCGCCAAUUUUCUUGUAACUUUGUCUUGUCAGAAUAGAUUGGAGAUUAAACAUUCGGUUAAUAGCAAAAUUCUUGCACUUGACCUGUAAUCAUUAGUAGACUUAGAAUUAGAAUUAAGGAAUGUAAAUAAUUCAUGUGUGAAUUUGCUACGUCUGAGUACUAUUCAGACAGACUAUUUAUUUUCCCUGUUGGAAGUGGUGCAACAACUUCAAUUUGUACAUAGAUUCAAUGAAUGAAUUUUCUUUCAUGAAAGCUCGAUUGUGAUGUUGCGACAUGAUUAUUUUAUUUAAUUUGCAAUUUUUCAGCAUCCUGAGUCUUAUUGUACGUUCACUGAUAAUUAUUAAGUAGUGUUAAUUUCGAUUAAAAUCGUGAAUAAUUUAGUGUUCUUCCUUGUUUAAAUUGAUACUGUUUAGCAUUUUGUUUGUACUGUGCUAAAUCUUGAAUACCACAAAAUAAAAUACAGAGAUUUAAAAGAACUUAAAAGCAAGUCAAAAAUAAAAGUAAUGAAAACUAAAUAUUUUGUUUUUAAAUUUGACUUCUGUGCUAAUUGUUGAGUGUAGGAUAAAGGAUUGGGUGUUGUGUGAAUUUGUUGGGUCAUAGUCUAAUGGUUUAAAGAAAGAUAAAUCCUUACUUUAUACACAGCAAAAUAUGUCAGAACUACACCAUCGGUGUCUUGAGAAUUACACCAGUGUUUCAUUCAACACACUAGUGUUAUAAUAUUCUUUUGUUAUUGUAUUUGAUAUUUUGUUCAAUUUUUUAAGGUGUGGCCAUAUUAAUCUAUACAACACUGUCCACUUUUCAGAGUGCAUAAACUAUAUCAGAAGCUAAAAAGUUUUAGCUAGCAUUUUAGUUUGAUGAAAAAUCAUCACAUUUGAUGGCAGUGGAACAUUUUGACCAGACAAAGGUUUAGAAGAGUGAGCCAUUAUUGUCCCUCUUAAUUAUUUUUUUCCUGAUCAGAUCAUUGCAAAGAGUUUCAUGUAUUGAUAUUUCAUUUCCUAAAACACAGAAUAUCCUGCAAUGAUAAAAAAAAUAGCAAUGAAGAUGCUGUGAUAUAAAUGUUUCUAUACUUUCCUUUGCCUAUUUUCUUUUUGAUUCUCUGUUAGUGUUUUUUUUCAAUCUAAAAUGUUCUGUAUUAAAUCAGUAUAUAAAUCUAUAAUUUCUUCCUUAUUUGAUUUUCUUUUGAACUGAGGAUUCUUUUACAUAUUCUAUGCUUUCUACCGAGUGAGAAAAAAAAGAACUAAAAAAAUAACCCAACUUAAACCAACUUUUUAAUAAUGGUGAAUAGCUUGAACACAUCUGUGUUGUGAAUGGAAUGUCUUUUAAAACCAUACCUAUUUUAUUUUGCUUAAUAUACCUAUCAGAAUUUAACAAAUGCCCAUUCUAAUGUCAAUGGACAAUUCUUACCAGUAUUAGAAUCUGCAUUUUUAAAUCCUGAUGUGUAAGUAAAGCUCAAUAAUGUUUGAUCCAGGCAAACAUUCCAAGGGUAAAAAGUAGAUUGAAUGUAGCCUGUGGUAUUAAAGCAAAUCCCUUUAAUUGGGGAGAAAUGUUUAAGCCCUCUUCAACGCUGACAAAAGGAAAUGCAUUUUAUCUUCUUGGAGCCCUGAGAAUGACGGAUAAGUGGAACAACUUUACAAUAUUAUCAAUGUUUGAUGUUGUAGAAAUAGUUUGCUACAGUUUAAUCUCACUUAUUUUGUUGAGUAAUGUUUAUCUUAUUCUUUUCUAUCUUUAGUAUGCUCUUUUAAAGUAUAUCCUAUGAUUUCCUCAAGUUUUAGCUUUCUUUUGUUAGUUUAUGUCUCGUAGAUUUAUUUUUCUAAGAAACUGAGUGAGUGUAAAAAACGCUAUGAAAGUUUGUUUAAAUAGUAUUCAAAAUGUUGCCAAAGUUUGUAAUUUAAUUAUGUAUUGUUAUUAGUCUGAUGACUUAUAUAAAAAAAAUCAUAUAACAAUACAUAUGCCAUAAAAUCAGUCACUUGGCUGUAUAAUCAGUUAUAUUUAUUCAUGCUUGAUUUCUGUCAGGAAGCUUGGGGAUGUUGCAUUUUACACUUAUUCAUAAAAGUGACUUCAUCACAGGCAUUUCCAUUAUUAAAUAAAGUUU